AUGGCCAGUGGCGCAUCACCUGCACAGUCCCCCGCCGAGUCCCGGUCCACCGACAACAAUGUUGGUGGCAACGACUCAUACCCGCCCCAGAGGCACGCCGGUGCAGUUGGUCUCGGGCCUGAAUAUGCCAAGGGCGCGAGCACCGGAGAAAAGGUCGACGGCUGGAAAGAGGAGAUGAAAGGAAAAAUCCUGCGCAAACCCGAAGUCGUUCAGCACGGUCACGAUCUUCGUACAGGUGCAGUGAAGAAGCAGCAAAUGGAGGAUGAUUCCAACCCGUUCCAGAAUGCAGAUGAGGAGAGAGCGGCCACUACGGCCCCGGAGGGCACAGAGAAAGCCGACAGGCAGCAGGAGCGGCGCAAGAGUAAUCUUCAUGUCCUUGGAGUUCGCAGUGCCACGGCUGUAGCGGGCUAG